UUUUCGUUUUAGGAUCAGUCCCCACCUAAGUCAUUUUUAGAUCAGCAUCGGUAAUCCCCUUACCCUUCUGAAUCCAUCUAAAUUUUGUAUUCGAUGGAUUGGAUCAGUGUUUACAUUUGACAGCUUAACCUCACAUUUGCUCAGCUAACAUUAAAAUGUGUUCUAACAAUUUAAGAGAAUUGAAAUUACAAGAGGGAGAAGGUUUACAAUAUUCUCUACUUAUUUCUGAAGACGAAUAUCAGCGCGCAACAACAUAUAUAACAUUCGCACAAGAACUUUUAGAUAGUUAUAAAAGUGCAGAAGAUUUAGAGUCUCAACAUUCAAGUGCAUCAACCAGUUCUACUGCUGCACAAGCCAACGAAUCUUCUUCCUCAAAUGAGGCAUUUUGGACGGAUGCUGAGACAAUAUUACUAAUAUCGCUAUAUAAUGACAAUAAAGACACAUUUCAAAAUGCAAGAAAAAGAAAACAUGUAUGGGUGAUUAUUUCGGAACAAAUGGCAGCACAUAACUAUUACCGGGCUCCUGACAAACCCGAAAGAAAAUGGGCGAACUUAAUGCGAGUGUACAGGUCCAUUAAGGACAAUAAAGGUCCAAGGAAAAGUGGACGAGGGGCUGUCCAUUAUAAGUACUUUGAACUAAUUGAUGAAAUCCUGGGUGAUAAACCAAGCAAUAUUGCAGCCCCACGAAGUGUUAUUAAUGCUGGCGUUAAUGAUGUAGUUUUACCAGCAGAGGAAACAGAGACGCCUAUUUCUAAUGAUGCAAUACAAACAGAUAGCGAAAGUUCAAGUGCCACAACGGAGGAAGUAUUAGAGGAACCGACACCCUCUAAAAAACGGAAAUUAGGUACUCCCUUGAGAGAACGACUAUUACAAAAACAAAAGCGGCAUGAUGAACGAAUGCAAAUAGAACAACAGAAACUUUUACUGGAGGAGAAGAAAGUAAAAUUAUUAGAAAAAUAUCUCGAACAUUUGUCUGGAGAUACAGAAUAA